GCGGGGCGGGACGUGAUUGGUGGGUGGGGUAGUGGCUGGCGCAGAUGGCGGUGGCGCUGGGGGCCUGAGCGGGCUGGGGCCAUGAGCGCCGCCCGGCCCCAGUUCAGCAUCGAUGACGCCUUCGAGCUGACCCUGGAGGACGCGGGGCCUGGGCCAGACUCCGGCGGGGUCGCCCGCUUCGGGCCGCUGCACUUCGAGCGCCGGGCCCGGUUCGAGGUAGCUGAUGAAGACAAGCAGUCCCGGCUGCGCUACCAGAACCUGGAGAAUGAUGAGGACGGAGCCCAGGCCUCUCCAGAGCCGGAUGGGGGAGUCAGCACCAGGGAUUCUAGGCAAAUGUCCAUCCGUAGCUCCCAGUGGUCUUUCAGCACCGUCAGCAGCACCACCCAGCGCUCCUACAAUGCCUGCUGCAGUGCUGAUCCUGGUCGGCGUGGGACUGGAAGUGGCCCCCUCUCCAGGCGUCUCCAGUGCCAUCUUCUUCGUGCCAGGCUUCCUGCUGCUGGUCCCGGGAGUCUACCACGUGAUCUUCAUCUACUGCGCGGUCAAGGGCCACCGCGGCUUCCAGUUCUUCUACCUGCCCUACUUCGAGAAGUGAGCUGCGGCCGGCCACCCGCGAUCCCAGGCCCGGCUCCCGCAGUCUGUCUGCGCUGCUGCACGCUACUCCGCCCCUCGAAGAUCAAGGAAAAAGGCCCUGGGGACCCUCACAGCAUCCGCCCCUUGGGAUUUACUCAGGAAGUUUGGAGCAUGCAGACCUGGGAAGGUCGCCCUGCACCUGCCUUGUGCCUUAACUUAUUCCCGGGCCCUGGACUCCUGGGCUGGUGUAUUGUGUGCUAAUAAAAGGAUCAUUAAUUCUAAGUACAGAGCUCACUGGGGACGGACAGGCUUGGAGGACCACCAACCUCCCAUGGCAUCCAGGAUAACCUGGAUGCUCUCAGAUGUGCCCAGGAUCACCAUCUGUUGUGGGUAGAGCUGGAUGGGAAGAAGUGGUCCCAGGCCCUUUGUCCCCAGCCCUGAGCAGACUCACCUGCAUGUGUCUGCCUAAGCAGAUGGUACCAGCACCUCUACUGGCUGCCCUGGCGAAGGGCACUGAGAUGAUGCCUGGGGGCUGGAGGCUGGUAUCCUGUUUCCAGCCUGACUAUGGGGCCCUGGGCUGCCACAGCCACCUCUGAAUGUGGGCAAUGUAGAGACAGUGGUGCCCCUCCACCCACCGACUGUCCUACUUGCUAGACGCAGAGAUUGGAAGAACCAGGGUGCAGAGAAUGUGGGAAGCAGGCCCUCAUGGCAAAGGACUUCAGUGAUCAGUGACAGAAGACUCUUAGAAACUGUAGAGACACCAAGUGUUAGAGACAUCUCAGAAUUCUGGAGAAUCAGAGCCUCACGUAGUCUUUGAAACUUAAAAGGACAACACCAGAAUCUUUAAGGACACUGAAGUCUGAGUUCAGUAGGUACUAUGUGACAGCUGUGCUGAGCAUGGAAUGCAAGUCCAGUCAGAAUCAUCACUGUCUGGACCACACUGUAGAGAUGAGAUGCCCAAGGCCCAAGAAGUGGACUCCAAGGUACAGAUGAGGACCAUCCUACCAAGAACAAAAGUACUCGGGGAGAGGGAGAAAGAACCAGCCUGGUGUCCCCUGCUGGCAACCAAGUGAUGGUCCAGCUCCCAGACCGAAGCAUGAGUGCUCACAGGAUGCUGGACACCUCAGAAUCCUGUGCCUUUGUUGAAUGAAUGGACAUCCAGCCCCCUGCCUACCCAGACCUCUCACCCUGAGACCUCCAGUGAAAGCACCUUAAUUAGCCUGUGGUGCUCCAAGUAGCCAGGACUGGUUACACUUCUUAUCUGUCAUGGACCAACAUAUUUAUAAAAUAAAGGGCUGGCAAGAUGGCUCAUCUAGUUAAAGCACUUGCAGCCAAGCCUGA